UCAAAGUCUUUUCCAACUUUGUCUCUUUGCAUAAUUAAGAAUUCCCAUUACAGAGACGCCAUUUGUGUGAGAGAGAGAAUUUAAUGACUAUCAGCAGAUACAUUGGAUAAUCUCAAUGACUUUUCUGAGUUUUCCGCAUUGGAUUUUAUCCGUUUGAGGCGUUUCAUCCGGCAGUUACGCAAAAUCGAUCAUCAAAUUGCUGAGAAGGGAAGCUCUGUGUUAAUUAUCUCUUCCAAAUGGUAACUAUUUUGAGGAGAUCGCAGACAGUGUUGAACUCCAUUUGCAGGAGGAAAUUUUCUUCUUCCUCUGAUGGCGAUCUUACGAAACCGAGCGGAAAAUCCAUGAACCUGUAUUCUGCUAUCAAUCAAGCGCUUCAUAUUGCGCUCGAAACUGAUCCUCGUUCUUAUGUAUUUGGAGAAGAUGUGGGCUUUGGUGGGGUCUUCCGUUGCACAACUGGAUUGGCAGAACGAUACGGGAAGGACCGAGUUUUCAAUACCCCUCUUUGCGAGCAGGGAAUUGUUGGCUUUGGCAUUGGUCUGGCAGCAAUGGGAAAUAGGGCCAUAGCAGAAAUUCAGUUUGCAGAUUACAUUUAUCCAGCUUUUGAUCAGAUUGUUAAUGAAGCUGCAAAGUUCAGAUACCGUAGUGGAAAUCAGUUCAAUUGUGGUGGUUUAACUAUUAGAGCACCAUAUGGAGCUGUUGGUCAUGGUGGUCACUAUCACUCACAAUCACCAGAAGCUUUCUUUUGUCAUGUUCCUGGCAUCAAAGUUGUCAUCCCGCGAAGCCCGUACCAGGCAAAAGGAUUGUUACUUUCAUGCAUCCGUGACCAAAACCCUGUUGUAUUUUUUGAGCCCAAGUGGCUUUACCGUUUAGCAGUGGAAGAAGUUCCUGAGCAUGAUUUCAUGUUGCCUCUAUCAGAAGCAGAGGUGAUCCGAGAAGGCAAUGACAUUACAUUGGUUGGUUGGGGAGCACAACUCUCUGUCAUGGAACAGGCUUGUAUUGAUGCUGAAAAAGAUGGAAUCUCCUGUGAACUGAUAGAUCUGAGAACUCUACUACCUUGGGACAAGGAAACAGUGGAAGCCUCAGUUAAGAAAACUGGGAGACUUCUUAUCAGCCAUGAAGCUCCGGUUACUGGAGGCUUUGGUGCUGAAAUAUCCGCUUCCAUCGUUGAACGCUGCUUCUUACGGUUGGAGGCACCUAUUUCCAGAGUCUGUGGAUUGGACACUCCCUUCCCUCUUGUGUUUGAACCUUUMUACAUGCCUACCAAGAACAAAAUAUUGGAUGCCAUCAAAUCAACUGUAAAAUAUUAGAUCAUAAUCAAAGAUGAACGCAAACUUGGCSCCAUCCUCACAAAAACUGACAACAAGAGGAAGAGGAAUGUUGUUGAUUCCAGCAGAGUCCCUCAUUGAACUGUAAAUGAUGAUUGUCCCAUUGUUGCAGACCCUAAAGGGAUGCCCUUCACUUCACUGUUAGACAACAAUGGAUUUUAAAUUGUGGAUGUAUGGAUAUUGAGAUGAUUGGGAAUAAAAAUUAUUAUAUUGUAUA